AUGGUGGUGUUGGGUUGCUGGUUGGACCGGGUGGGCUCAGAGGCCUCCUCCAGCCGAAACAGUUCCGUGGUUCUGUGUUUGCUCUCCUACCUGCAUGAGGAAGGAGGGAGCGACUUGUUCCAGGCGCUGAUGCUCCCACCGCACGCCGCUGCUCCUUGCGCGCUGGUGGCAGUGGAACGCACGAAGCUGUUCCGCGGCCUGCCACAGGAGGGCGCUGAGCGCCCCCGGCCUGGACCAUCGCUGCCGGCAGGGCUGGGAGAUGCAGGCAACCCCUGUCCCUUUGGAACCGGGGAGCCCCAGCCCGGACUCGGCAUUGCAGAUCCAUCCAUGGAGCCUGUGGAAGGGAAGAAGUUCUCCAAGAAGCUCAUCGCCCUGCCCCUCGGCCUCAUCCUCGGCUUCUGUCUCUUUCUUUACCUUCAUCAGCUCAAGACUCCCUGGCUGGAGAAGCACACCCCCAGACCCCCCCCGCCACCGGCCCCCGCCAAGAAGAGCAGCCCCCCGCCGCCGCUGCCAGCACGGGAGGACCCCAGGCUGACCAUCCUGCUGUGGCAGUGGCCCUUCGGGCAGCACUUUGACUUCCUGAACUGCUCUGAGCACUACAGCACCCCUGACUGCCACUUCACUGUGAACCGCAGCUGGUCCCAGAAGGCCCACGCCGUGGUGAUCCACCACAGGGACGUGUGCUGGGACCCCCAGAAGCUGACCCAGAUCCCCAGGCUCCAGUCCCAGCGCUGGAUCUGGUUCAACCUGGAGUCCCCCAGCCACUCCCCAAACUUACGUGCCAUGAACAACCUCUUCAACCUGACCAUGUCCUACAGGAAGGACUCGGACAUCUUCACUCCUUAUGGGGAGCUGCAGCUCCUGGGCGAGCCCCAGCCCUUCAGCAUCCCCACCAAGACCAAGCUGGUGGCCUGGGUGGUCAGCAACUGGGUCGAGAGCUCCCGCCGAGUAAGGUACUACAGGGAGCUGAAGGAUCACAUCAAAGUGGACAUCUACGGGAGCCAUCACCUGCCCCUGCCUCAUGACCAGCUCCUCACCACCCUGGCCCAGUACAAGUUCUACCUGGCCUUCGAGAACUCCCAGCACGAGGACUACAUCACGGAGAAGCUCUGGCGGAAUGCCCUGUCCUCCGGCACCGUCCCCGUGGUGCUGGGACCCUCCCGAGAGAACUACGAACGCUUCCUGCCCCCCGACUCCUUCAUCCACAUCAAUGACUUUGCCACUGCCAAGGAGCUGGCACACUACCUGCAGGAGCUGAGCGAGGACGCCGAGAGGUACCAGAGCUACUUCCAGUGGCGCAGGUGGCUGAAGCCCAACGCUGCGUUCAACUGGGCUAUCGACCUGUGCAGAGCCUGCCGCUUCCUGCACACGACACAGAGCAGGUACCAGGUGGUGCCUGAUCUGUCCCAGUGGUUUGUGUAG